UCAUGCAUACUAACGCGAAAAAGGUCGAAUAUUUCAAUUCCCUCUGAGCCAUAGAACAGCUAUCAUCCAAAAUUAAUUAUAGACAAUGAUAUUAACGAUAUUUCCAAAAUAAAGGUUGCUAAUGGUUGCCAAAUACGUAUCGACUAUCGAAAAAGCUGGAUAUAUAAGCUAUUCUACCAUAAUAUAUUUGGAAUAUCACGAAACAUAUUCUCUAUAUUUGCUAGAACAUUGGAUAGAACUGUUUGGAGGAUUUCUUACUUGCUCAUCAUGUCCAAAGUUCCAUCUAGGAAAGAAUGUCAACAAUUCUUUACUUCUCUUGACAAGACCGGCGAUGGGAAACUUCAACCAAGAGAACUUGUUUCCGCCAUGGUACUGGAAGGCUUCAACGAAAAAGAAGUGAUGAAAUGGUUUGCUGACAUUGACAAAGAUUGUGACAAAGUAAUUACAUAUGAAGAGUUUAUAAACGAAGUGUGUAAAGUACCAAGAAGGCAAACUAUUGACGAAAUAUUUGAUAAAGCUGACUUAGACCAUUCUGGUAGCUUGUCAAGAGAUGAAAUGGAGAAAGCUUGUGCAUUAGCAGGUCUUACAGAUAAAAAUGCGCUCAAAAAAGGCUUUGAAAAGGCGGAUAAAGAUGGAUCAGGCUGCAUUGACAGAGCUGAGUUCAUUGAGUAUAUGGACAGUACAUACUAAUUAAAGUCUUUGAAACAGUGACCUUUUAUUGAUUUCGAAUUACAUCUGGGACAAGAAAUAUUUAAAGACCUUUUAUACUGUACAGAUCUUUCAGCAAGAUUUUUUAUGGACUUCUACAAUAAAAGAUGUCAAUAUUA